UAUAAUAGCAAAAUUAAAAGAGAUUCGUUUGUUACCGUGCUGCCUACUAGACAGAUUCAACUUAAAAAAAAUGACGAUUGACCUCUACUACAGUCCAAGUGGAUCCUCCUGUAGGAUAGUCCUUUUAGCAGCUAAGUCUAUUGAUGUAGAAUUAAACUUGAUACCUGUAGAUAUCAUGAAUCCAGAAAGUUUCACCCCAGAAUUUAUUAAACUAAAUCCGCAACAUUGUGUACCAACACUCAAUGACAGUGGUUUCGUAAUUUGGGAGAGCAAGGCUAUUAUAACGUAUUUGCAAAACCAGUAUGGAAAAAACGAUGACCUGUACCCAAAGGAUCCGAAAAAACGAGCAACUGUUGACCAGAGGCUGUUUUUUGACACCGAUUUAUAUGCACGUUUUCAUGAAGUUUAUGUAAGUAUCUACAUUCUGAACCAUGAUAGCAAGAAUACAGGAUAUGAUAUUUCUGUGAUUGGCGAACCAAAAUUGGUUCGCNCUGUGAUUGCUGAACCAAAAUUGGUUCGCUUGGCGCAUGACGUCAGCUGGAGAGUGAAUUUAAUAGGCGAAUUAACGACACCGAAUGUCACAGGCAUGGAGACUACACAGUCGCAGGAACAAGCGGAUCACACUCCUAAAACUUUCGCUGGUUUACCACCCGACCCAGAAGCACUUGCUAAUGCCAACAAAGCUUUGGAUUUCCUAGAUGAAUUUUUGGUGAAAUCCGAAUACGUCGCAGGCGACAGUCUUACGUUGGCUGACUUGUCGUUAGUUGUCCAAAUUUCCAAUUUAGAACUACUUGGACACGAUAUGUCACCCUAUAAGUAUAUUAAUAGAUGGUACGCAAAAGUCAAAGCGAUUGCUCCGGGUUACAAAGAAGCUAAUGAAGACAAUUUGGUAUACGUUAAACAGUUAAUGGGUCAUUUUGCGCAGGCCGAUGAGUAAACAUGCAAUAAAUAAUUUGUUUUAUCUCUAAUACAAUAAAAUAACAACAAUUGUUAGCAUUUGGUAAGGUACAGUUUUUGAUUUUUUUUAAUAAAAUUGAAUUAUUGAGAAGCU